AAACACAGCCAAUCACAGCGUAGCAAGCGCAAGCAACGGGUCCGUACUCCAGAGAAUGAAUGGAACAGCAUAUUCAAACUUUGACAAUCAAGAACACGUUCUCAAACUAGGCGAAACCUUUGAGAAACAACCUAAAAGUGCAUUCCACACGGUACGAUAUGAUUUCAAACCAGCCUCCAUAGACACAACAUGUGAGGGGGAGCUGGAAGUGGGCAAAGGAGAGCAAGUUACAGUCACACUACCGAACUUAGAGGGAUCCACGACACCUGUUACCGUAUUUAAAGGUUCCAAAAGGCCUUAUAUGAAAGAAUGUGUUCUCAUCGUUAACCAUGACACAGGAGAGUAUCGUCUGGAGAAACUCAGCAGCAACAUUGCAGUCAAGAAGACCAGGGCUGAGGGAAGCAGUAAGAUUCAGUCCCGGCUAGAGCAACAAACCAGCAGGCUUAGUCAGCAGAUGAAGACCGGCAGUGGAAACAAGGCUCCAUCCAGCACCAAGAGCUCUCCUCCCAAGGAGAAAAUGUCUCCAUCAUCUCCCAUGGAUGAUAUUGAGCGAGAGCUGAUGGCCGAGGCGCGUGUCAUGGAUCAGAUGAGCAGUGGAGAUAGCUCCUCAGAUUCCCACAGUUCCUCCUCCAGUAGCGGGGACAGCUCCAGCAGCAGUGACUCAGAGGAUGAGGAUCGCCCCCCACAUAAUGUGGCCCCAGCUCCCCCUCAGAGCACCUCUGCCCUCAGCACAUCUCAAAGCCGUGUGGAGGAAAGCAGCGAGCAUUUCAUGAACACACUCAAAAAUGAUCUCCAGUUGAGUGAGUCUGGGAGUGAAAGUGACGAUGACUAACCGCGAAGACGUGUGAGACACCUGAUGCUGAAUGAGGGUCAGGUGCUCAGGAAGUACAUUUACUAGUUAAAACUUUGUGAUACCUGAAUCCAAAUCCCUGUCAACUUCUCAGUUAUUCAUUUUUUUUCUUUCCCCCAGUUUCUUAGUAAUACUUGCAUCAGCACGAGCUGUGCCAAUGGACACAUAACUGUUUUUUUUUUUUUUUGCUGUAUUAGUAAAUUAAGAAAAAGUAUUUAUUUUGUUGAGAAUGCUACUGCAUAGAUGUUACUUUUAUAGGAAUGUCCUAUAAUUACUUCCCCAGAGGUUAUAUCUGUUUGUGAAAUAGCUGUUUAAAAAGAUCACCAUGGUCUUCUUUUUUCUAUAUAUUUUUUGAGGCUUAACAUACUCAAGCACAAGUGAUUUAGCAGCAUUUUAUAAGGAGUCUUAAGGAGCACCAGUGCAUUAAGAUGCCAAGCUCAAUCUCAGAUAUUUACACAUUACCCGACCUGCAAUACUUGAAUUGGUCUCUUUUGCGGAUUCAGAGACAUUUGUUCAUAACAAACUGUGCCUUGUAUAUAAGGUGCAUUUUGACUAUCCAUCCCAUUCUCUUAAAUUGAAGUACACCCACUUUUUUUUUUUAUUCCUGCUUGGGUUCCCUAAAAUAUGAUCUCCAUUUAGAGGUAGAAGUCUCUGUGUUGUGUAUGUCUUACUGUAUGCCUCUGGAAGGCCCAAAAGCAACACUCUAACUCUUAAAGGAUGUCCUUAGCCAGCCCUUCUUGAGCACUAAUUGCAAAAUAUGACGUGCCAUUAUUAUAGCAGGGUUGACUGAUGUGGUUAAAUGUAGUUCUGUGGGAGGUUUGAUCAUUAUGAUCAUUAUUAAAAUUGUGUGUAGACUAAUAAAGAUUUGUUUUGUGAUGUUUAUUUGUUGAUCAUUUUAUUGUUUCAAUAUAGCAGCACAUCAUUAUAUAGCAGCAUCUGAGCUGCAAAGUAUGUUAACCGAGCUUCAAGUUAUGGCAUAAUUCACUUGUUUAAGUCUGAUUGAGUAUUUGUGAGAUAGGAAUCAUUGCUCUAAUUAUAUUGAGGGGUUCAACAUACAGUAAAUCUUUUUGAACAUUAUGUAGUGGUUUAUAAGACAUGCAUCUUUUCUGUGAAGACUCGAGAGACUAUUUGACAAGCAUUGGGUUGUUUCUGAAGUGAAGAUGUUGAAAUGGUGUUCUUACUAUGGCCCUGAGCAAGUGUGUAUGCAAAUUAUUUUUUAAAUUUUGUGUGUGUGUGUGUGUGUUCUUCCAUGUAAUGGUAUAUCUAUUGUGCAAUGCAUGGAGACAUGAAGUUGUUCAUUUUUAACACUAUUACAAAAAGUUGUCAUAGCAAAAUGCCACAGUUAUUAGUGUGCCAUAUGACCAUGGAUACUUGAUAUAAUUUCUCAUUGUCAUCAAAAUAUAUGUCUUAGAAGAUUUUCAUAGCUUUCUUUUCCAAAACACUGUUAGAUGUUUAUAAAAAGAGUUAUAAAAAGCAGGUAAAAUCUUUCCACAUUUCACGUGCCAUGAGACAUUUGUUCAUUCAUGUGAUUCAUUUUU